AUGAACUUCCAAUCGCGCGUGUCCACAGCCACCGUGCACGAACUCCUUUUCGCCGACGACUGCGCCCUGAACACCACCUCCGAAGAGGAGAUGCAACGCAGCAUGCACCUAUUCUCCGCCGACUACGAGAACUUCGGUCUGGUCAUUAACACGCGGAAGACGGUGGUGAUGCACCAACCGCCGCCCAACUCAGCCACAGCCCCCAAUGCGCCACAAAUCAGCGUGAAUGGGACCCAACUGCAAGUGGUAGAGAACUUCCCGUACCUGGGAAGUACCCUCUCUCGCAACACCAAAAUCGAUGACGAAGUCGUCAACAGAAUCUCGAAAGCCAGUCAAGCCUUCGGACGCCUCCAAAGCACAGUUUGGAAUCGCCACGGUCUUCAACUGAGCACUAAGCUGAAGAUGUACAAGGCCGUCAUCCUGCCGACGCUACUGUACGGAGCAGAGACAUGGACGGUGUACACGAGGCAGGCACGUCGACUGAAACACUUCUACCUCAGUUGUCUCCGUCGCAUCCUGAGGCUGAACUGGCAGACCGCAUCCCCGACACCGAUGUGCUGGAACGGACGGGAAUCCUGAGCAUCUACUCCAUGUUGAGACAAAUGCAGCUGCGCUGGAGCGGCCAUCUGGUGCGCAUGGACGACGAGCGACUACCGAAACGACUCUUCUACGGAGACAUCGCGACGGGUUCUCGCCGUCAAGGAGGCCAAAUUCGCCGUUACAAGGAUACCCUGAAGUUCUCCCUCAAGCGUCUGCAAAUCAACCCGACCAACUGGGAAGACUUCGCCCGCGAUCGUCCGACAUGGAGGAGGACAGUGAAGACAGGCGUUGCUAUCUACGAAGCCAACCGAAUCGCUGCCGCCAAAGCGAAAUGCGAAGCCCGCAAAUCACAACUUCGCCCAGUCCGCACCGCCGCCGCACAACCGCUUUCAACGUGUCCUCGAUGUCACCGGACAUUCCGGAAUCGAAUCGGACUUGUUGGACAUCUUCGGACCAACUGUGCCUCUCGAACUGCUCCAGCCAUCGUCCCCCCGCCCGCCUAUUCUUCGUCCUCUCUGCCGCCAACUAACUCUGACACUUCUUCUGUACAAGCACCACCACCUACAUCCUCCUCUUCCUCCUCCUUCUUCUUCUUCUUCUUCUUCUUCUUCUUCUCCUCCUCCUCCACUGCCUCAGCGGCGGCCGUUCAGGCUGCCGUCUCACACAUCGCCAACCCCGACACAACAACCAACAACACCCGCACCUCUCCCGAUUCCAGUGAUGAGGAUCAGGACUACACCUGCCCUUACUGCGAUCGCACCUUCACCUCUCGCAUCGGCCUGGUCGGUCACUUGCGAAUCCAUCGCACAGAGACUGGUGAACCAGUGCCUGGAGCACCAACCUAA